AUUGUCACCCACCCGCUCUCUCUUCGCCUCUUCCCUUCCCAAUCCCAACCCAAACCCCUCGCAUCCGCCGCCGCGCGCACCAUGGCGUCGCCACCGCCGCCACGACCACCACCUGAGCUGAUGGACGAGCUUGUCGGCGAGAUCCUCCUCCGCCUCCCGCCGGACGAGCCCGAGCACCUCUUCCGCGCCGCCCUCGUCUGCAAGCCAUGGCUCCGCAUCCUGUGCGACCCGGGCUUCCUCCGCCGCUACCGCGCGUUCCACGGAGCACCUCCACUCCUCGGCCUCCUCCACAGGCUCCAAGUCAGCCAAGGGGACCCGGCUCCCCGCUUCGCCUCGACCACGUCGAUGCCCGACUUCCCCCACCCAGGCUCCGACGGCGACCGCACGCGCCCCCUCGACUGCCGCCACGGUCGCGUCCUCAUCCACAUGCUUGAAGAUGAGAGCCUGGAUCUGGAUCUCCUCGUCUGGGACCCUAUCACGGGCGAACGCCAUGCUGUCCCCGAGCCGGACAUCGACUGGAUGAUCUACACCGCCGCAGUGCUCUGUGCCGCCGACGGAUGCGACCACCUCGACUGCCACGGCGGCCCCUUCCGCGUGGUCUUCCUGGCUACCGACGACUACGACGCACAAGUUAAAGCGACUGUGUAUUCAUCGGUGACAGGUGUGUGGAGUGCGCCAGUAUCUAUUCACGAUGGCUGUGAAUUCUAUGCCAAGCACAAGCGUGAAAUAACUGCACAAAGAGGGUACUACAUACCGUAUGUCAAGCCAAGGCGAGUAGCCGUUAUCGGAGAUGAAAUCUACUUCACGCUGUUGCGAAAUACCGCGAUUGUCAAGUAUGAUUAUUGUGGCAAGAAUUGCUUGUGUGUGAUUGAUCCGCCACCGCCAGACACAGAAGUCUACUGCACUAUGAUUGCCCUCAUGGUGAUGGAUGGCAAUUCACUGGGUCUCGCUGGCAUUGAGGGUUCCAACCUUCAUCUUUGGACAAGGAAGGUAAAGGGAGCUGCUGAAUGGGUACAAUGCAGGGUCAUUGACCUAGACAAAAUCAUGCCCAUGGCCAUGCCCAGUGACAGUCAUGGAGCGUAUGUGGUUGGUUUCGCAGAGGGUUUGGAUGUCAUCUUCAUUCAGACAGAUGCUGGCUUAUUCACGUUCGGCCUCAAGUCUGGGUUGGUGAAGAAGGUUGGCAAACCUGGGGUCUGCUAUUCCAUCUUACCCUACAUGAGCUUCUACACUCCUGACCGUGGUACAUUCUUAUCGCUGGCAUCUGGAGAGGCUCAUUGAUGUCUGAUGUGCCAGUCAAGAGCAAGACCUUGCAAAAUGGAUGAAUCUUUUUAUCAAAUCCUUCACGUUCUGUUGAAAUGCCAACAUCAAGUCUGGUCCCGGUGGUUUCUUGCAGAGCUACUACUACCAAGUCUUUUUCCUGUUGAGAUGCUAAAGAAUGACUGGUUCAAGUCAUUAUGAUUAACUAGUGUUGACAAUUUUGUUUUCUCUGCGUGAUGGGUCAAACCAUAGUUCAUCCAAAUGAACUACUCUCGAUUUCAGUGCAAGGAUUGUUGAACGAAGCAUUGUAACACUUCUUAGAUACAUAACUGGAAGGUUUUGUUUUGGGGGUCUAAUAUAAAGUCUGGCCUCAAUUCUUGUUACUGAGCAGUCCUUGGGAAGCAGGACCAGUUGAUCUAGUUGAUUGAGCAUCAGGUGGCAGCUAUGAUAAAAACGGAUAUAUGCAAACCGAUUUGGAUGUCAUGUUUUUCUGUCUUUUCUUUUUUCUGUUAGUCAAAUUUCUUAUCGUGAACAUAGUUUGCUCUGAUGAUUUCUGGAUGGAGUUCAUUAUUAGAGUCAUGUUUA